CCGGGGGCGGGGCUGGCGGCGAGGACUUGGCUGCAGGAGCUGAGGUUGCUUCCCGCUCCACCUGCGGGCGAGCGAGCUGGCCAUGGGCGGCCGCGGGCCGAGGGGCGGCCGGGCUGAGCCCUGAGCCCUCCGGGGCCGGCCAUGGGUGACCGCGAGCGCAACAAGAAGCGGCUGCUGGAGCUGCUGCAGGCGGCGGGCACCGGCAACGCGUACUGCGCAGACUGCGGGGCGGCGGAUCCCGACUGGGCCUCUUACAAGCUGGGCAUCUUUAUCUGUCUGAACUGCUCCGGAGUCCACCGCAACUUUCCAGACAUCAGCAAAGUGAAAUCCGUCAGACUUGACUUCUGGGACGACAGUAUCGUGGAGUUUAUGACCCACAAUGGGAACCUCCGAGUGAAGGCCAAGUAUGAAGCCAGAGUCCCUGCAUUCUACUACAUCCCCCAGGCCAACGACUGCAUGGUCUUAAAAGAACAGUGGAUUCGAGCUAAGUAUGAGAGACAGGAAUUUAUGGCCGAUGGGAAAACCAUCUCACACCCAGGUAACCGAGAAGGGUUCCUGUGGAAGCGGGGAAGGGAUAACGCACAGUUCCUGAAAAGGAGGUUUGUCCUCCUGGCAAGAGAAGGCCUGCUGAAGUACUACACUAAAGAAGAGGGUAAAGACCCCAAAGCUGUCAUCAGCAUCAAGGACUUGAAUGCCACCUUCCAGACAGAGAAGAUUGGGAACCCCCACGGGCUGCAGAUCACCUACCGGAGAGACGGCCACGUUCGGAACUUGUUUGUGUACCACGAGAAUGGGAAGGAGAUAGUGGACUGGUUCAACGCCCUCCGUGCAGCCCGUCUCCAAUACCUUAAAAUGGCCCUUCCUGAGCUCCCAGAGUCUGAGCUUGUGCCCCUCAUCACCAGGAACUAUCUCAAACAAGGCUUCAUGGAAAAGACUGGUCCAAAGCAGAGAGAACCUUUCAAGAAAAGGUGGUUUGCUCUGGAUCCCCAGGAGCGCAGGCUGCUUUAUUACAAGAACCCGCUGGAUGCCUUCGAGCUGGGCCAGGUGUUUCUCGGGAGCAACGAACAGGGGUACCAGGUGUUCGAAGACCUGCCCAAGGGCAUCCGAGGGAACCGCUGGAAAGCUGGCCUCACCAUCGUCACCCCGCAUCGAAGGUUUGUCUUCACCUGCCCCAGCGAGAAGGAGCAGCGUGAAUGGCUGGAGAGUUUUCGGGAGGUCCUCUCCAGCCCUUUGACGCCCCUCAACCUCCUUGCUCUGUCAACGGAGAGUGACUGCAGCCACAGGUGACCCACUGGCCACCCAGCGCACCUGGUGGAAAGGAGAAGUUACCACUUCGGCCUUGGGGGCCCUGCAGGAGUGCCCCCCACCCCCAGUCGGCAGCUGUCACGGGCAGUGAACUCUGCCAAGACCAGAGCUUUGGCCUUUACCUGCCGGCUCCCUGGGCCUCCCUGCUGCCCUAGGGGUCUGGGGAGCUGGUAAAUGUCCUCGGGGCUCAGGGCACCGGAAAUGAAGGCACUGCAAUGGGAAGACACCCGUGGCAUCAGCCAAGCUUGCUGGAAAAACAGAAAACGACAAAAAGUUUAAUCUGAAUCCAACCAUGAGGAAACAAUCAGACAAGUCCACAUUAGAGAAAUUCUGGAAAACGACUGGCUAGACACUUCAAGACUGCCAGUAUCAUGAAAGAUCCAGUAGUCUGGAGACUGUUCUACAUUAGAUAAGACUAAAGAGACAUAGCCACAAAAUGCAAUUCAUGAUUCUUGAUUAGAUCUUGGAUUUAAAAGAAACAGUUUUUGAGAUGUAAUCAAGAUAACUGGGAAAGUUCCAAUAUGGAUGUAUAUUAGCUAGUAGUAUUGUAAGAUUGUGAUAUUGUGCUGUAUUUGUGUAAGAGGAUGCUCUUGUUUUUAGGGAUACAUUCUGAAGUGUUCAGGGAUAAAAUAUAAUAUGUCUACAACUGACUUAAAUGGUUCAGCAAAAUAUAAAUGUAUCUGUACAUACAGAGUAUCUACUUAGAUAUACUGUGUGUAUUUAUGAAAAAGAAGGUCUGUGUACACACACACUCGGGGAGAGAGAGAAAGUGGACCACUGUGCAAAAUGUUAGCAACUUCAUCUAGAUGAAGUAUACCUGGAUGCUUAUUGUCCAAUUCAUGAAAAUUUCCUAUAGGCCUGAAAGUUUUCGAAUUUAAAAGUUGGGGGGAAAUUACUUUAAAAGUAUCCACUUUUCACUCUUCAAAAGUAGUGGGUUUUCCCCAUGAAUUGAAAAUGUUCCUGGGAGACUUCUACCUUUGUGCACAUCUUAGAAAAUAUAAAAGUAUAGCUAAUACAAAAGAACAAACAACCCCCUCCCCCCAAAGCACAGUGUUCCCAUCUACACACUCUGGGAGGAAAGAAGGAGGGCAGGAUGACAACUCAGCUGGACCCCAGGGAGAGAGCUAUCCAGCCUGAGUACCGUGUCUGGCCCUGCCACUAAUGCAUGUGUGUGUGCUCAGUCGCGUCCGACUCUUUGUGACCCCGUGGACUGUAUCCCCCCAGGCUCCUCCGUCCAUGGGAUUUUCCAGGCAAGAAUACUGGUUGCUAAUGAGACUGUUGGAAAACUCACUUUCCCAACUCUCUGCCUUGGUUUUUCUGUUUCAAAUGAGGAAGUUGUAGCAACUGCUGAACUUUUGGAAGCAACAGCUAUUUCUGAGCACCUCCCAGGUGCCAGACUCUGCUCGGGCAGGAACCCGAUGACGUGGUCCCCGCUGUCACAGAUUUCAGCCCACCGGACAACAGCCCUACCAGAGGGCAGGACAAUGAGGCAAGUGUUCAGAAAGGGGAAGUGUGGGCUGCUGCGAAGGUGUGUGGCAACAGGGUUCACCCUGAGCAGGAAGAGGGAUCCUCCUUCUUCUCCAGAAAGUGACGUCUAAGUUGAAACCUUAAACUGUUCAGAGAUUAGUCAAAGGGAAGAGGGCCAGGAAAACACUCUAGGGUAAGGGAGGAAAAUGUUCAAAGGCUCCCAGAUGGGCAAGAGGAACAGAAAGAAAUCGCGGGUGGCUGCAAUGUUAGAGAAAUAGGUCUAGGCUCUAUGAUUCUUUAUUCCUUUGAGUGACGUGCAGAAAGACAUUGUUUUCAUUUCAGUGGAGACCCAGAGGGUUGGGAGAGUCUUUAAGAGAGUCUCUGGUUUUUCAUGGGAUUUUCCUUUGAUCCACCGAUCAGAGGACGAGCAACAUCAUCAAGCUGUCUUUCCUGAGGCUUCCUGACUGCCCGGAUGAAGACAUGGUUGCUUCCUCUUCUGGCUCCUAAAGCACCUUGAAAUUGUCUGUUUCAGCACCUGCUGGGCUGUAUGUAUAUUAAGGGUCAUGUUACUUGCCUGCCUUUUUUUUUUUAACCACUCUGUUACACUCUGCUAAGUUCUGAGAAUGAGAGAAUCAAUAAAGGAACUUGUGGUCCAGAGAGGAAGAAAGAGAAGAAAACAGGCAAUUUGGGAUUCUUAGGAGCCCCUCGGAGGGGCCGAGGACAGAUAUAAGAGAUGGAGACUUCCUUGGUGGUCCAGUGGUUAAGAAUCGCCUGCCAGUGCAGAGGACAUGGUUCGAUCUCUGGUCUGGGAAGAUUCCACAUGCCACAGGGCAACUAAGCCCACUUGCCGCAACUAAGACCUAAUGCAGCCAAGUAAAUAAAUAUUUAAAAAAGAACACUUUAUUCAAGAUGGUGGGACACAGGUACACCCAUGGCUGAUUCAUGUCGAUGUAUGGCAAAAACCACCACAAUAUUGUAAAGUAAUUAGCCUCCAAUUAAAAUAAAUAAAUUAAUUUUUU